AUGGCGUUUUUGAAGCUUUUCUCUCUCUACAUUUCCAUGUCCUUCAUCUUCUUCUUCAUCUUCUUUUUCUCCUCCUGUUUCUGCAAAGCUAGUACCUCAACAAAGUCUUUGUCUUCAUCUACUUCCUCUGAUGUUGAGCUUCUCUUGGGAAAAAUCAGAGGUUCAUUGCAGGGUGACAAUGAAAACCUUGUUUUGUCUUCAUGGAACUCCUCAAUACCACUAUGCCAAUGGAGAGGCCUCAAGUGGGUGCUCUCUAAUGGCUCUCCUUUGUCAUGCAGUGACUUGUCUUCACCACAAUGGACCAAUCUUUCACUUUACAAGGAACCUUCUGUGCACUUGCUUUCUCUUCAGCUUCCAUCUGCCAAUCUCUCUGGUUCACUCCCCAGAGAGCUUGGGGAGUUCCCUAUGCUUCAAAGUCUCUAUCUUAACAUCAAUUCAUUGAAAGGAACCAUCCCUCUUGAGCUUGGUUAUAGCUCCUCUCUCUCUGACAUUGAUUUGGGUGACAAUAUGCUGAGUGGGACUCUUCCACCAUCCAUAUGGAAUUUGUGUGACAGGCUUGUUUCCCUCAGACUCCAUGGCAAUUCACUCUCUGGGUCUGUUUCUCAACCAGCAUUGCCAAACUCUUCUUGCAAGAAUUUGCAUUUGCUUGAUUUGGGUAGCAACAAUUUUUCUGGGAAUUUCCCUGAGUUCAUUACAACUUUUGGUGGGCUAAAAGAGCUUGACUUAGGGAAUAAUAUGUUUAUGGGUGCAAUUCCUCAAGGCUUAGCUGGGCUAAGGCUUGAAAAAUUGAAUCUUUCCCACAAUAAUUUUAGUGGGGUUUUGCCUUUCUUUGGUGAAUCCAAGUUUGGUGUGGAUGUUUUUGAAGGGAAUAGCCCUGGCUUGUGUGGACCACCUUUGAUGAGUUGUACUAAGAACUCUACACUUAGUUCUGGUGCAGUUGCUGGUAUUGUUAUUAGUUUGAUGACAGGAGCUGUGGUUUUGGCUUCUUUGCUGAUUGGCUAUACGCAAAACAAGAAGAGGAAAGGUAGUGGAGAGAGUGAAGAUGAAUUGAAUGAAGAAGAAGAAGAAGGAGAUGAAGAAAAUGGUGGUAAUGCUGUUGGUGGAGCUGGUGAGGGGAAGCUUAUGUUAUUCCCUGGAGGUGAGAAUUUGACACUAGAUGAUGUGUUGAAUGCUACUGGGCAAGUUAUGGAGAAGACAUGUUAUGGGACAGCUUAUAAGGCAAAGCUUGCUGAUGGAGGCACCAUUGCUUUGAGGUUAUUGAGGGAAGGUAGCUGCAAGGAUAGGACUUCAUGCUUGCCUGUUAUAAAGCAAUUGGGAAAGAUUCGCCAUGAGAAUUUGAUCCCUUUGAGAGCUUUCUAUCAGGGGAAGAGAGGGGAGAAGCUCCUUAUUUAUGACUACCUACCUCUCAGAACCCUUCAUGAUCUUUUACAUGAAACUAAAGCAGGAAAACCAGUGCUGAACUGGGCUAGGAGACACAAGAUUGCAUUGGGUAUAGCAAGAGGGUUAGCUUAUCUUCAUACAGGAUUAGAUGUUCCUCUCACUCAUGCGAAUGUUCGAUCCAAGAACGUGCUUGUGGAUGAUUUCUUUGUUGCCAGGCUCACUGAUUUUGGCCUUGACAAGCUGAUGAUUCCUUCGGUAGCCGAUGAAAUGGUGGCGCUUGCCAAGACUGAUGGCUACAAGGCUCCAGAGCUUCAAAAGAUGAAGAAAUGUAACUCAAGGACUGAUGUUUAUGCAUUUGGUAUAUUACUGCUGGAAAUCUUGGUUGGUAAGAAACCUGGGAAAAAUGGAAGGAGUGGUGAGUUUGUGGAUUUGCCUUCAAUGGUGAAAGUAGCAGUUUUGGAGGAGACAACAAUGGAAGUGUUUGAUGUGGAACUCUUGAAAGGGAUAAGAAGUCCAAUGGAAGAUGGGUUGGUGCAAGCACUGAAGCUUGCAAUGGGGUGCUGUGCACCAGUGGCAUCUGUUAGACCAAGCAUGGAAGAAGUUGUGAGGCAAUUGGAGGAGAAUAGACCCAGGAACAGGUCUGCUUUAUACAGCCCUACAGAAACAAGAAGUGGAAGUGUUACCCCAUUUUGA